UUGUUCGUAGCGCGCGUCCGCUCGCCUCGUGUCUUGCGCUCUCCUGCAAUCUCCCGCGCCGCCUCCCUCUUGCCUCGCUCGCCCGCCCGCCCUCGCCUCUGGGAUUUCCUCUCCGCUCCUCGCCCCUCGGGGAUUCGGCGGCCGUGUGACGGCGCGAGUGUCGGUGAAAAGUGUGGCUGGAAAAAAAACGGAACGAAACGUGAGCGAAAAAGGUGUGCGAUAUUGGUGGUCGUUGGUGUUGAAAAUUAGUGAUAAACAUGCAUUUGCACGUGAUGGGCGAAGCUGAUUGGCUAAUGUCCCGGCCAAUAACUCAUCCGGGCAGCCAAUGACAAGACGAUGUUGGCGCCUCAGGUGUGUGGCAGAAAACAGUCAGCGCUCGUCUUCGGAAACCAUGGCGCCCGAACUGGAAGUCGCCCCGAGGCCUCUUGUCAGAAAAGAUAGAGCGGCGCCGCUGACAGGAUCGUCGUUAAGGAGAGUUAGCUGAAGGGCAGGCGCGGAGGGCGGUGCGAGGGAUGAAUGCGCACGUCCUGCUCCCGAGUAAUGAAUGGGGCGAAGACUGUGAGUUGAAAAGGCUUUUGGAACUCUGCUGAAUUUGCUACUGGAGGACAGAACUGCGGCGUGCGAUUGCCUUUGGAUAUUUUAGAUAGUUUGCAGAGUACUUUAAACACUGGUGGCGUUGAGUGUCAGUUGUAUGAUUAGCUUGUAGUAUAAUGAUAACUUAUUGAAUCUUAUUUAAAGUUUAGAGACUAAACCAGGGACAUUGUCACGUGACGAGGGAAACCUUACAGACACCUAAUAUUUACAACGUAAGGAGAUACAUAGAUUUUCGUGAAUUCACUUCGGUCUCUGCACAACCCCUUCCGAAAGGAUUCUUAACUCAGACACAACCUCACGAACUUUGCGGCUUUGCUAUAACAGAAAACUGAGAGCAAGCAACCAAGCAAGUAAGCAAGAAAGAAGGGAAGGAAUAUACGCGAAUACUCCCAAAAGUCAGGCCUGCUUCCCCUGAGAGAAGGGAAGGGUGAUCGCAGGAGUGAGAGACGAGUGAGAGAGCGAAAGAUCACUCUUUCCUCCUUCAUAACAAACUCUUGGUUUCCGGAGUCCGCGAGGGAGACUAUGGCACCAAAGUUCCUUCUGCUGUGCCUGCUUCUGGAGAUUCUCUUCUGCGAGUUCGCACACGCCCUGUGGUGGUCCCUGGGAACACGAGCCGUGAUGGACCACACGAGGAUCUGCCGCAAGAGAGGCUCCCGCGUCUCGAAGGAUCCCCAGAGCACCAUCUGCAGGAAGGAGCCCAGGACGUUCCAGAUGAUCCUCGACGGCUCCCAGAUGGCCAUGAAGGAGUGCCAGUACCAGUUCCGCUUCCACAGGUGGAACUGCACCGAUAACAGGAGGUCCCUCAAGAAGGUCCUCAUGAGGGACACGCCCGAGACGGCCUUCCUGAACGCUGUCAUGUCCGCUGGCGUGACCCACGAGGUGACGGCGGCCUGCUCGAGGGGCGACCUGCUCCAGUGCUCCUGCAGCAGGGACAACUCAGACGCCGCCACCAACCAGGACUCGAAUGAGGAGAAAAGGAACACGAAGGCCGAGCGGCGCAGGAGCAAGUCCGACAGGAGAAAAGACCCCUCGAGGAGGCGCAAGGGCCGGCCGCGAGGGGACCGCCGGCGAGGCCGACGGGGGAAGGGCAAGCGGGGCGACAGGGCGCGGCGAGGGCCCGGCAGAGGGAGGCGCCGCGAGGGGGCCGAGAACGCCAGCAACGCCUCCUUCGUCGACCCGGAGAGCAGGGCCGGCGGCGAGCCUUUGGCGACGACGGAGGUGGAGCCUCCGGUGGGCGAGGCAGCGCCAGGGGCCGGUGCGCCGCCGGAAGGGGAGUGGAAGUGGAGUGGCUGUGACGACAACGUCGGUUUCGGGUACAGGAUCGCCAGGGACUUCAUGGACUGGCGCUACCUGCGGGGGCCCGGCAGCCAGGACAUCCGCUCCAUCGUGAUGCUCCACAACAACGAGGUCGGGCGGCUGGCUGUGCAGCGACAUCUUCAGCCCCACUGCAAGUGCCACGGGCUCUCCGGAUCCUGCACACACCGCACCUGCUGGAAGAGACUGCCCACUUUCAGAUCCAUUGGGGCGAGACUCAAGGAGAAAUUCAGACAGGCGAUUAAAGUGACUCCGAGCAACGACGGGACGAGUAUCCGUCCAGUGGGCCAGUUAACCGUGAGUGACGAGGACCUCAUAUUCCUGGAGGAUUCGCCGGACUUCUGCAGGCCUAAUAAACGCACUGGCUCCCUAGGGACACAAGGAAGGAUUUGCAACGUAACAGCGAAUGACAUGUCCGGGUGCGACCUGAUGUGUUGCGGACGCGGGAUCAGACAGGAGGUUUUGGAGCUGGAAGAGAACUGCAGAUGUCGCUUCAAGUUCUGCUGUGAAGUCACCUGCCAGAAGUGUCGAAUCAAGAGGAAGAUGUCUUACUGCCAGUGAGAUCCACGUGAUUAUAGAAUAAUUGAUGAUAGCGUCAAGGGGGGGGGGGGGUUAGACUAAACAAACAAACAAAAUAUAAAAAAGAACUAAGGUGUUAUGAGAGUGUGUAAAUAUACAGAAGAGGAGAGUGGAGUGUGUUUUUUCUAACUGUACUUAUAAUCAGUUUACGCUGAAGAGUGUUGGCGAGACAGGAAAGGAAUCUAUGAAGGGGCGUAAACACUACGUCACUGCACAUGUAAAGGGGGUCACCUCGAGGCUCUUGUAACCAUACGGACGUCUUUGUGUCUUUGUGUCUCUGCCUGGGAAGCGUGACUCCCUUUGUUGUUACGCUGGUAAACAGUUUGCAAAAUGGUGUGUUAUAUAGACAAAAAUCAAUUGUAUAGAUAAAAAUCAGUAAGUAUGGAAAAAAAAGGAAGGAAGUAUUUGAUUAACUGUUGAGUGCUUCGCUGAGAAGGAAUACUCCGGUGCAUUUCUUGUCGUGGUGUAAAAAAAAAAUCAAAAUUUCGAAUGCGUUUUGUUGUCAAAGACGCUGCGUUGUCUGACACUCUGUUGCUCUUUACUCCAACUAGUAGCACCUUAACACUUUUAAAAGCUGCUUUGUAUAGACCAACUCUGUAAUCAUCAGGUUUUUUAUUUAUGAUACCAAGCAGCAAGUACGCUGCUCUCUUCGCCGAGUCGUCUCAACUUGACGUUUAAAAGCGAGGCAUUCUGUUUGACUUUUGCGUAGAAAACGUUUGACUUCUGUAAACGAUGAUGUCAGUAUUGUCUCCCCACAGAAAACAGAAUGUGUAGAUAAUCUAAGAACUACGGCCAGGGAGCUAAGUUGAUUUGUCACUGGAGAGUCGGUGUUUCCUGAAUUUCAAAACGUCAGCAUAAACUGUUUCAUUGUCCACACUAAACUCUGGGGUUCAACAAAAGGAACCAAAAUUUAACAGUGUAACAUUGUUAGGCUCUCGUAAACGGGAGCUCAGCAAAUCGUUUUUUGGCUUGCUAACUCGAAUGGCAGUGUUGAUGCAGCUGUAGUACUCGAUGUUCCUGUUAGUCCAUGGUUGCAUUUUCUCCACGGAUAUUGCAAAUUAAAAAAAGAGCGUUUCGCAGUGCCUUAAUUCCUUUUUUUUCUUGAAUUGGGCAAAGCAACUGAUAAUGCAAGUGCUGGCGUUGAUGCGCAGGGUGCCUUAGUCCAGCGUCGCAGCGGCUGUUUUUUUGGAAAGGGACUUUGUGGAGUAACAUUUUGCCCGCUAUGUUGACUGUUAUAAAUGCUCAGUGUGCCUAGUCGCCUCUCAUGCUGGAAUGUCAGCAGCUUUUCCGAUUUGAGUUUUGUGAUGAGAUAUGGUUAUUUUCUGAGAAACUCGCAGAGAUAUUUGAUGAUUAAUGAUUUCCUGUAUAAAGAUUAUUAUUAAUUAA